CUAACUCGAUGAGCUACGCAGUUAGCGGUGAAACGAAACAAUUGGAAGCUUUAGGUAGUUGACCAAGGGGUGGAUUUAGUACUAUACCGUGAAAUUAAGAUCUCGAAUUUUAUUUUAGAUGAAUUUGCUUAAAUUAAUUUUUCCUGCCUUGUCUCUCGUUAUUUGCGCAUCCGCUUCUUGCUUGAUUAAGCAAGGUUGCUACGAUGAUGGCAUUCAAAAAGAGUAUAGAAUCGGAUCUACGUGGAAGUCAUUCAAAUUUCCGUGUAAACUAUGCACGUGUUUCAUUGGAGAUCCAUAUCUUGUAACUUGUACGAAGACCACUACUCCGGUAUCCUUAAAAGAAGCAGCCUGGAAUCGCAAAAAUUUGAAGACUGCGGAAUUCAUGUUGACAAAACUGGAAGCCAUGGGUGUUCAAUGUUCUCCAGAGACCAAUCCUGUUUCGUCACAAUAUUUGGCAAACACAUAUCAUUAUUUCAGUCAAAAAUAUUCAAGGUGUUGCGACAGAUUUCAUACCUUCACUCAAGUGCCAUUAUAUUGCAAACUAGUUCAUAUCAAUAGAUGUAAGACGCAGCUAGUUUAUAAAGAAGAUACGUCGAAGACAUGUCUCCCUGAAACGAUGGCUUUAACCGGCUAGUUCGCGUUAAAUUGUUUAUGUAUGACUGAUAUUACUGAAUGAAAAGACAAACCUUUUAGAAGCAUUUUCUCUCAUUCAACGCAACGAUUUUAUCGAAUAUUGUAAUUUCAAGUCAUAUAUAUAUAUGACGAUACUAUGACUGCCAUAUAAUAAUUGUAUACGACAUUGAUGAAUUUUUAUUUAUCUUCAAUACUAUUUGUUAUCUUGUUUUUACUCAAAUAGCUGUGAUUACGUAAUAAUGAAACAAAAUCAGUCCAUAUGAUUAACAUGCCUUAGUAUGCGCAUGAGACAUAA